UAAAGACUGAUCAGGUAGUGCUGUCAGUGUACAAUGGGAUUAUUUGAGAUGGUGAGUCAUGGUUGAUGUGUGUGCACAGGUGAAUUUGACAGCUGCUCUGUUGCAUCUAAGACUGCUUCCUCCACCUUUGGUGUUGCAAAUUGUUGUGUGCUUUGAACACCUGCCAAGGUUCAGGUGCUCGCAAAGGGCUGUAUGUGGAUUGCAGCCCUUUCCUCUGUGUUUGGCUUUGAUACGUGAUAAUUGUCUGAGGAGGGGAGGGCAAAUAGGAUAGGAAGGGUGAUGUUUUGGCACAGUGUCUUGGAAACGUGCUUCCUUCUGAGGCAGACGUGUACCAAGGGUAAUUACGGGUGCAAUGGAGGAGAUAUGCUUUGUGUUUAAAACCUACUCACAUGCUGUCAGCACUUAAGGCACCUGAGGAAUGGAAAUAUUUCAGUUGGUGAAAUCGCAUCUGCACUUGCCAGGUAGUUCCACCAAUGACCUCUGCUUUCUUUCUUGACAGAAUGACUUAGAUGAUCCGGAGAGGGGUAUGAUUUUUGUUUGCUCUGCUACACGUAAGACUAAGUCCAUGUUCUUCUUCCUGGCCCAGACAGAGCAGGGAGAUAUCUUCAAAAUUACUUUGGAGACUGAUGAAGACAUGGUAACAGAGAUUCGGCUGAAGUACUUUGACACUGUUCCUGUUGCUGCUGCCAUGUGUGUGCUGAAAACGGGGUUUCUCUUUGUGGCAUCUGAAUUUGGAAACCAUUACUUGUACCAGAUAGCUCAUCUGGGUGACGAUGAUGAGGAGCCAGUUUUCUUCUGCCAUGCCUCUUGAGGAAGGAGAUACGUUCUUUUUUCAGCCACGGCUUCUCAAGAACGUGGUGCUGGUGGAUGAGUUGGACAGUUUGUCUCCUAUCCUGUGUUGUCAGGUAUGUUGUUAUCUGCAAGCUCUCAUUCACCACUUAAGUCUUUCUCAUCUACAGAGGAGUUGAUCAUAGAUGUAUGAAUUUUUUUCUUCAGAGUAUUUGUGUGUAAGCAGAGUCACCAAAGCUACAUGAUCCUAGGUUUCCAGAAAUACUGCCCUAUAGUAAAUGGUGGUAGAAAAGCAAGCCUGCUAAAUCCUUAGGUAGCUGCCUAAGACUGGUACCUGGCCUGGCAGGCUUUUGAUUCCUGAGGUGAUGAGUAUAUAUCUGGACACAGGGUGUCAGCAGCAGUCCUGUGCUGUCCCUCAGCUAACCAUCAGACCAGUUCUCUGCUUGACUGGUGUCAUGGUUUAAGCCCAGUCAGUAACUCAGAACCACACAGCCGUUCGCUCAUUCACCA